AUGAACGCUUGGAAAAAAGCAUGUGCUGGAGCACCACCAAGCUCGUUGUUGUUGCCACCAGGGACUUACAUGGCAUUUCCUCCCUUUGUAUUGAGCGGUCCGUGCAAAGGUCCGAUUGAGAUAAAGGCCACAGGAGCGACCAUAAAGGCUCCACCGGAGCUCGAGAAGUUCCAAACCACCGACACUUGGAUUCGCAUCAAUUAUAUCGAUAGAUUGACUAUGACUGGUGGUACUUUCGAUGGCCAAGGACGUGGAUCAUGGAGGAAUGCCAACUGCAAAAACUGCCAAAAACCAGUCAAUCUCGGAUUAGGUUUCGUCAAGAACUCAUUGUUCAAAGACAUAACUUCUAUCAAUAGCAAGUACUUCCACAUUCAUAUGCAAGGUUGUGACAACACCAAACUCGAACACCUUACCCUUGAUGCACCGGCAGACAGUGUCAACACCGACGGAAUUCACAUCGGCCCAACAAACGGGCUCAACAUCACAAAUACCAUUAUAAAGACGGGCGAUGAUUGCAUCUCUUUCGGAGACGGAAGCACAAACAUCCGUGUCGAAAAGGUGACAUGUGGUCCGGGACAUGGGAUCAGUGUAGGAAGCUUAGGAAAAAACCCUAAUGAAAAACCUGUAGAACGAAUCUGGGUCAAGAAUUGUACCAUUGUUGGAACUGAUAACGGAGUUAGGAUCAAAACCUGGCCGGGUUCUUACCCAGGAAAAGUUAACGAUGUGCAUUUCGAAGAUAUUGUUAUGGAUAAAGUGGCAAAUCCCAUAAUUAUCGAUCAAAAUUAUUGCGCGGGUCGUGUUUGCCAGAAAAAUGUCCCAUCACAAGUGAAGAUAACAAAUGUGAGCUUUAGGAAUAUCAAGGGAACAUCAAGAACUCAGGUGGCAUUGAAACUUAAUUGCAGCGCAGGGUCACCAUGCGACAAUGUGGAGUUAGCCGAUAUCAACUUGACAUACAGCGGGGGACAGGUAACUGCCAGCUCUCGAUGCGCUAAUGUCAAGCCUAAACUCGUGGGUCAGAUAAUCCCUCCGGCUUGUCCAGUUAACGUGCCAAAACCAUACAACAGUCUGAUGUGA